AUGAAGCGUGCGGGCCUUCGUUCAUCACCGUUGCGUUUCGCCAACACAAAAGUCACUAAUCUACUUCUUCAUGGUUUACUGGUUUCAUACUCAAGUGCAUAUUUUGAUGAGGUCAAAGUAAAAGAUAAUUCUGAUUUACCCUAUUUGGCCAUUCCAUUGCAGUAUGAGACUCCAUUCUCUAUGGUUGGCCUUUCGUUAUCUGAUUUGCCAAAUGUCAUGCCAUGGUUGGUUCCAGAAAUCCAAAAUGUGUGA